GCGCUUCCUCCCAGCCUGGCGUUGCUACGCCUUGGCACUGGCGACGCAGCUUUCCACUGCAGGAGGAGCUGAAGAGCGAAUAACACCCGCCAUGGCUGUGCGAGAUUUGCCUACGCUAACGAGCUUCUUGGAGGAGUACGAGGCCAAUGUGGUAGAUGGAACUGGUCAGACAGUGCUUCACUGGGCUGCCUCUGCAGGCAAGCCGGAAGCCAUCGACUACACCUUGGAUCAAGGUGCACUCGUGGACAAGCUGGACAGAGACGGUCGGUCGCCACUGCACAUUGCAGCUCUGAGCGGGCACACGGAAGCUGUGCAGCUUCUUCUGGCUCGCCGUGCCGACCCGGCGGCUCAGGGCGCUCGGAGACAUCGCGCCAGCUGUCCCGAGGCUGUCGGUGAUGGCUCAGGAGCCACCCCACUGCAUAGAGCUGCUCUUGCGGGUGCCGGAGGUUGUGUAGCGGUCCUCGCCCAGUCCGCUCCUGGGCAGCUGGAUGUGGCCCAGCGCCGAACGGGCGGCACGGCGCUGCAUGCAGCA